UGCGCGCGAAGAGGAGACUUAAUCUGGCAGAGUGUCAGAAUUUAUCACAACACAAACUGGCAGCUGUUUUGUAGGAUCCUGUAUAUGCUCGCGUUCAGUAACAAACACAGUACCGGACCGCAUUCGGUUUUUCUUUUGGCACAGUAAAGUUAAAAAAAUAAUGUCGGUUCAUUCAGUGCAGAAUCAGUUCAUUGCGGAUCAGGAAACGGAUACGAGAAACACUGAGGACUGUGAUGAUCUAUUUACAAGCAAAAAAUUGCUGCCACCAGAAUCAGAAGCCGAGCCUUGUGCAGAUAUCUUUAGUGAGGAAGUGUGUGCAGUCCAGAGCUCCAUCAGUCAGGCUCCACCACAGACUAACAAUUUACAAUUGAAAUCCAACUUAAUGCACUCUGAAGAGCUGGAUUUGUUUGCAGAGGCCACUGUAGAGCUGACCCUGACCAUGCCAAACAGCCGAGGAAGGAUAGAAAUCAUCGAUUCAGCUGGACCUCCUUUCAGCACCAUAAAUACCCAUAGCAGUUCACAUAUGUCCAACACUUACAACAAGCCAGUGGAGGAGGUGGAAGAGGAAGAAAGUGCAGAUAAGUUGGAACUUAACAUUGCUGUCACCAGUCCUGAAAGGAUAGGAGAUGGCAUGAACGCAUAUAUGACCUAUAACGUGUCAACUCAGACUACACUGCCUGCAUUCCACAAUAAAACAUUCUCUGUCCGUCGAAGGUUCAGUGAUUUUCUGGGUUUGUAUGAGAAGCUUGCAGUCAAACACAAUCUGCUAGGCUGCAUCAUCCCACCACCGCCUCAGAAAAGCGUAGUUGGUAUGACUAAAGUAAAGGUAGGGAAAGAGGAUCCAUCUUCAGAUGAUUUUGUGGAAAAGAGAAGAGCAGCACUGGAAAGGUAUCUCCAGAGGGUGGUAUCUCACCCAGUACUGCAGCAAGACUGUAACGUUCAAGAGUUUCUGGAGAGAGAAGAGUUGCCCCGAGCAGUGAAUACUCAGGCUCUAAGUGGGUCUGGUUUCCUCAAGAUGAUAAACAAAGCAUCAGAUGCUGUGAAUAAGAUGACUGUAAAGAUGAACGAAUCGGACAAUUGGUUUGAAAGCAAGCUACAGGAGGUGGAAAAUGAACAGCAGCUGCUAAGGAGGCUCCAUGUUUCAGUUGACUCACUGGUCAAUCACAGGAAAGAGUUGUGUACAAACACUGCCAUGUUUGCUAAGAGUGUGGUGAUGUUGGGCAGUGCAGAGAACUCUGUGUUGUCUUGUGCACUCUCUGAACUAGCCAAAGUAGAGGAUAAACUGCAGCAGCUACAUCAGCAGCAGGCACUGAGUGACUUCUUCAUCCAUACUGAGCUACUUGCAGAUUAUGUACGAUUGCUAGGAGCUGUGCAGGGUUGCUUUGAACAACGAGCGAAGGCUUGGCACCGCUGGCAGGAGGCCCAGAGCACUCUCCAAAAGAAGAGAGAGGCUGAAGCCAAACUGCUGUGGGCAAACAAACCAGAAAAACUACAGCAGGCUAAAGAAGAAAUCGCUGAGGAGUUUGAUCGGGAUGAGGACCUAAGUAUAAGGCUUGGAAACCCAAUUCACCUAGAUCAGUCACCAGAGAUUCCCAGGGAAAAGUUGAGGAGGAGGAGGAGUGUGUUUGUACAUCAACAAAAGUGGGAAGCAAGAGUAAAUCAAUGUGAGAGAGAUUUUGAGCGGAUAAGCUCCACCUUAAAGAAGGAAGUGUACAGGUUUGAGAAAAAUAAAUGCAGAGAUUUCAAACAUCACAUAGUGAAGUACCUAGAGUCUCUUCUUUGUUUGCAGCAUCAGAUGGUGAAAUGCUGGGAGGCCUUCCUGCCAGAGGCAAAAGCCAUCAUGUGACUUUAGCCUGAUCAUUACUACUGAUAAGAUUCCAUGGCAGACUGAAAAGCAAAAAAAAGGUGAACAGAUAAAAUGUUAAAUGCAAAAUUGCAAAAACUUUUUAUUAGCGAAAUGCAGAAAAUAAACUACUGUAAAGCAAUGAAGCAAUGAAUGCAUUAAUACAUUAUUAGGCAAAAGGGGCUAUGUAUAGGCAUAUAUCUAUACACCUAUGUACAUAGUUUAAAGGUUUUGUUCAGUAUAAAAAAAACAACUGCAAAUUUAUGCUUGAAUAUGUGUCUGUAUUUACAUACCUAUACAGAUAUACAUACCUAUAAAAAGGAGACAGUAAUUAAUGAACAUCAUGCCCGCUCACUUACGGCAUAAUGCUGUCCUAAAACACUAAGAAAUUAUAUUUUAAAAAACUGUUCCUUUAUAGAUGAUAAAGCCUCCUGGAAGAUUAUACUUUCAGCCCAUUCUGCCUUUCUCUGAUAAAAACCACAUCCCCGUAUGGCUGAGGGCUGUGGUGUAAUUCAUUGUAUUUAAAUAUGACAUAAAUCUCAUGCAUUCAUGGGAGUGGAAUGAAAUGAGAACAUUCUUAAAAAGUAAUACCUUGCUUAUUUUUUUUAAUUGUUAUUUGCUUUUUAAUUCAUUAAGCAUGUAUUUGAUAUAUAAACAGUAAUGCAGAGAAGGCUUUUAGGCAUUUUCUGCAUGUCACUAAUGUAAAGUAUGGCAUAUGAGUUUUUACCAUAGUGAUUACUUUACUGUCUGGCACAGAAUUGGACUGUAAAAUGGACUGGAUUGCUUUCACCUUUACUUGUAAUAUAAAUUUAGCAUUUAAUUUUAAAAAAGAAAAUAUAUCCAUAUAUACUCCUGACCUCUCCACAUCAUGCUCUACUCUCAUAAACAACAUGCAAAAACAUACUUGUACACAGACAACAUGUGUAUGGGGCAACGGCCUUUGUCCACCUAAGAAACUUCCAUUCAUAUUUGCAAAAUUAAGGUUAAAAAACUAAGGAUGCUGUUUGGGGACCUGCAGUGUAAAGUUUCAGAAUAAAUGUUUUGAUUUCUGUGAAACAGUUGUUUUGUCUCUGUUCAGUAUUUGUGUAUAUGCUGUAAAUGCACAUUUGAUGGUGUGUACCAAUUCUAUUAAAUAAACCAGAGUAAAUAUCCUA